GUCCGGGACCCGGCGGAGCCCCCGAGCAGCAUGGGCCGCGGGGCCGCGCCGUCCGCCUCCGCCUCCGCCUCCGCCUCCACCUCCGCCUCGGCCGCGCUGCUGCUGCUGCUGCUGCUGCUCCGGGCCGGGCGGCCGCGGGGCGCCGAGCUGACCUUCGAGCUGCCCGACAGCGCCCGCCAGUGUUUCCACGAGGACGUGGACCGGGGCGUCCGGUUCUCCCUGGACUACCAGGUCAUCACUGGAGGCCACUACGACGUGGACUGCUACGUGGAGGACCCGCUGGGGAACACAAUCUACCGAGAGACCAAGAAGCAGUAUGACAGCUUCACGCACCGGGCUGAAGUCAAGGGCGUUUAUCAGUUUUGCUUCAGUAACGAGUUUUCCACUUUCUCUCAUAAGACCGUCUACUUUGACUUUCAAGUUGGUGACGAGCCCCCCAUUCUCCCAGACAUGGGGAACAGGGUCACAGCUCUCACGCAGAUGGAGUCCGCCUGUGUGACCAUCCACGAGGCCCUGAAGACCGUGAUUGACUCCCAGACACAUUACCGGCUCCGCGAGGCCCAGGACCGGGCGCGGGCAGAAGACCUCAACAGCCGGGUGUCUUAUUGGUCUGUUGGUGAGACGGUUGCCCUGUUCGUGGUCAGCUUCAGCCAGGUGCUGCUGCUGAAGAGCUUCUUCACGGAGAAGCGAGCCAGCCCCCGGGCGGUGCACUCCUAGGUCUGCGUCCUGCCCCGGGCCCUGCCGCCAAGCUGCAGCGGCUCCCCCAGGGCGGCCCUGGGGCUCCCCGAGGGCAGGGAACACAGGUGGCCCCCCAGCAGCCAGUGCCUGCAGAGCCCAGCAGCCCGUGUGGCCCCAAGGAGGGCAUUCGGUAGGGCAGGGCCCAUGGUCUGGCUGUAUGAGGACCCCCAGUGCCCAGUCUUCCUGGGGGCGGCUCAGGGCGCUUACUGUGCUCCACAGAGUGUGGAUCGCUGGGCUUGUGUGUGUCCUGUCCUCCAUGGAGGGGAAGGGCUAUCCAUGUGGCUGGGCUCCAUGGAGAGCAGAGGAGACCUCUGAGUAAGCAGCAAGGGCCUGUGGCUGGGUGCUGCCUGAGGUGAGUUGCGUGCCUCCCAGAGGCAGCACUCUGCCUAAUAAAAACUAAGCAGGAGCCCCAUGGA